AUGGCAGAUCUGAAGUCAACCUUCUUGAAUGUCUUCUCUGUUCUCAAGAAAGAGCUUCUCGAGGAUCCUGCUUUUGAAUGGAGUCCUGAUUCUCGCGAAUGGGUAGAGAGGAUGUUGGACUACAAUGUGCCUGGAGGGAAGCUGAAUCGGGGACUCUCCGUGAUAGACAGCUACAAAUACUUGAAAGAAGGAAAGGAAUUAACAGAAGAUGAAAUCUUUCUAGCAAGUGCACUUGGUUGGUGUAUUGAAUGGCUUCAAGCAUAUUUUCUUGUCCUUGAUGACAUUAUGGAUAAUUCCCAUACAAGGCGUGGUCAACCCUGCUGGUUUAGGGUGCCCAAGGUUGGUCUUAUUGCAUCAAAUGAUGGAGUUCUGCUUCGCAAUCACAUUCCCAGAAUUCUCAAAAACCACUUCAGAGACAAGGCAUACUAUGUAGAUCUCCUCGAUUUGUUCAAUGAGGUGGAAUUUCAAACAGCCUCUGGACAGAUGAUAGAUCUGAUUACGACCCUCGAAGGAGAAAAGGACUUGUCCAAGUACACUUUGUCUCUACACCGGCGAAUUGUGCAGUACAAGACUGCCUACUACUCAUUUUAUCUUCCUGUUGCAUGUGCAUUGCUCAUGGCGGGUGAGAAUCUGGACAACCAUGUUGAUGUAAAGAACAUUCUUGUUGAGAUGGGAACCUACUUUCAAGUACAGGAUGAUUACUUGGAUUGCUUUGGUGAGCCAGAGACAAUUGGUAAGAUAGGAACAGAUAUUGAAGAUUUUAAGUGCUCUUGGCUGGUCGUGAAGGCUUUGGAGAUAUGCAACGAAGAGCAAAAGAAACUAUUACAUGAAAACUAUGGGAAAGCUGACCCGGCAAAUGUAGCGAAAGUGAAGGCCCUCUAUCAUGAGCUGAACCUUCAGGGUGUAUUUGCCGACUACGAGAGCAAAAGCUACGAGAAGCUGAUAACUUCUAUAGAAGCUCAUCCUAGCAAAGCAGUGCAAGCAGUGUUGAAGUCCUUCUUGGCUAAAAUUUACAAGAGGCUGAAAUAG